UCUUUGCUCCUCCGCCCAUCCGUUCCUUCCCCGGUCUGGACAGCUGUUAGAGGUUGCCCGGCGGUCACAGUGGCACAGUUCACCCAGCUUCAGACCCCAACUUGCCCGUGCCCGCACAUUUACUUACGCCGGGGCAACCGGGGCACAACGCCGCCGAUGCCAACAGGAGUGUCCGCUCACUCUUUGACUCUGCACAACAUCCACCGGUUUCAAAACACAGAGGGGGGCUCUGAGCCACUCUGUCGGACUGGCUCAAACCGAGCGAGGAGACUGUCUCUGGGACAAGUUCCAUAGUGGAGGGGGGAAGCAAUGUGGUCCCUUCUUUCCACGCUGACCGUCUUAUGUAUCCAGAUGUUGCUGGUGAUGUGCAAUCCAUUACAGCAGGUACUUGGUAUGGAUGGAGUCAACUUCAGUGUGCAUGUGGAGAACCAGACACAGGUGCGAGACACUAUGAGUCGGCGACACCACAGAGUAUACCAGCUCUACAGCCGAACCAGCGGCAAGCAUGUCCAGGUGCUGGGACGCAAAAUCAGUGCCCGGGGUGAAGAUGGAGACAAAUAUGCCCAGCUCGUAGUGGAGGCUGAUACCUUUGGUAGCCAGGUGAGAAUCCGUGGCAAAGAAACCAAUUUCUACCUGUGCAUGAACCGCCGUGGGAAGCUGGUAGGAAAGAAGGCCAGUAAUCGAAGUGCAGACUGUGUCUUUGUGGAAAAGGUCCUAGAAAACCACUACACAGCUCUAAUGUCAGCGCGCUACACGGGCUGGUAUGUUGGCUUUACUAAAAAAGGGCGUCCUCGCCGUGGUCCGCAGACGCUUCCCAACCAACAGGAUGUACACUUCAUGAAACGCUUCCCACCAGGAGAGCAGCCUGACCUCACCACUCCAUUUCGCUUCACCACCGUCAGCAAGCGGGGCAAGAGGGUGCGCGCUACUGGGCCCCGCUAGUUGUGGCUAACUCUAGCACCCACUGUCUUGUCAUCCAAAGCCUUGACCUGAGCCUGCCAAUAGCUAACCCUUUCAUUCCUUCUGUCACACAUGACUGAACACUUCCCUUUGUUGGGAAAAACAUUGACCAGAAUAUUAAUGAAUCAUUCAUGGGGUUUAGCUCUACACCUUAUUUGCCACUACAGCCUCCCUAGUUAAUGAUCAUUCCUCUCAGUUUAAGUUCCCCUUACUGGACCAACGAGACCAAUAAUUGGUCCAAUGCUGGAAGCUCUUUGGACCUGGUGUGCUUCCCUUCAUUUUCUAGAUACACUGACAGUGAACCUGAAGGGCAGCCAGAGUCCCUGGGGUCUACAAAGGCCUUUAGUUCACAACCACAAAAACCACAAGGCCUUUGUGUCUCCUGUUCUGUACCAGCUGGACAAUGUCAAGUAUGGGAUUACAACUGGACCAUGCAAAACAGACAAGGGUGAGAAAGACUGACUGAACAAGAGAGUGGGUGCUUAGCCUGCAGAUAAAGGGAAAGAAUGAUGGAGAAGACAUGAAAAUGGUGGAAUGGAUAAAAGGGAUAUAGUGAUCUGCUCAGAUCAAAUGGACCAGUAAUGGACUGUUGACAUGUGUCGCACUUAUUUGUCUCACUGCUAAAUUAGUGCCAUCCUGUGAGGCUAUUGGAUGAAUGGCAGGGUGAAUGAGGGAAUGUUCGAAUGAGUGGCUUACUGAAUAAUUGCAUGUUUGCAAGAAGUCAAUGAGAAAAUGUAUGUUAGAGUGUGUGUGUCAGUGAGUGAGCGAGUGCAACAACCAUGAGUGAAGCUGGAUCACGGGGGACUCUGGAAAGGGACCAUGUAGUCCCUGCAUGAACCUGUGACAACUCACCGCAGGGACUGAAGCUUUAGGAACUGGAAUGUAUAAGAAAAAAAAUACACACACAAAAAAAACAAAACAAGCUGCACCAAAAACAGCCAGCAAAAUCACAGCAAAACCAAACUAACAACUGACCAAAGACAACUGGAAGACAACCUUCUUCAUGAAUCCUCCCCCCCAACAGGACAUGACAUCCUCAGCCUUUAGGCACAGAGGAUGAUGAGUGCCAGGGCCGAGCCCGCCGGGGAGGGUGCCUUUUCUUUUAGCAUCGCUAUGGAAACGACCCAGGGGAUGAUGCUCCUGUGCGAUACCGUGGAUACAGAGUGCUGCUACCAGGACAUUCAGUGGAACAAACCAAAGUCUCAUGCAUAAACACAGGAGAAAAAAAUAUUAAAGGGAACAAUUUAUUGAAAGUUCUAUAUAUAUAUUAUAUAUAUAAAAGAAGACAGAAACCCUAAAUAAGCAAUCUUACU